CUCGCCUUCGCCGGGAGCUCCCCGAUCGACCGUCGCCUCCGUCCGCGCUGGCCUGCCGGCAGGGAUGAAUGAUUUUGGAAUCAAGAGCAUGGAUCAGGUGGCCCCUGUGUCUAAUAGUUACAGAGGGACACUCAAGCGCCAGCCAGCCUUCGACACUUUUGAUGGGUCCCUGUUUGCUGCUUUCCCCUCGCUAAGUGAAGAGCAAACACUCCAAGAAGUACCAACAGGCUUGGAUUCCAUUUCUCAUGAGUCCACCAACUGUGAAUUGCCUCUGUUAACACCAUGCAGCAAGGCUGUGAUGAGCCAGGCCUUAAAAGCUACCUUCAGUGGCUUCAAGAAGGAGCAGCGCCGUCUCGGCAUCCCAAAGAAUCCUUGGCUGUGGACUGAGCAGCAAGUAUGCCAGUGGCUUCUCUGGGCUACUAACGAGUUCAGUCUGGUGAACGUGAACUUCCAGAGGUUUGGCAUGACCGGCCAGGUCUUGUGCAACCUUGGCAAGGAGUGCUUUCUGGAACUGGCACCUGACUUUGUGGGCGAUAUUCUCUGGGAACAUCUGGAGCAGAUGAUCAGAGAAAACCAAGAAAAGGCAGAAGAACAAUAUGAAGAAAAUUCACACCUCAACUCAGUUCCUCAUUGGAUUAAUAGCAAUUCAGUAGGUUUUGCUAUGGAUCAGGCACCCUAUGGAAUGCAGACACAGAACUACUCCAAAGGCAGCCUCCUGGACACCCUAUGUCAGCCUUCUCCUGCGCCCAGUGCCCUUAGUUCAGAGCAGGAGCUCCAGCUGUACCCCAAGUCACGGCUCAACACCAUUGGUGUCAACUACUGUCCCGUCAGCCAGGACUUCCAGGGAAGCAACUUGAAUUUGCUUCCUAACAAUUCCGGUAAGCCCAGAGACCCGGACUCCACCGAGAGCGGCGCGGACAGCUUCGAGAGCUCAGACUCGCUGCUACAGUCCUGGAAUAGCCAGUCAUCCUUGCUUGAUGUACAGCGGGUACCUUCCUUUGAGAGCUUCGAGGACGACUGCAGCCAGCCCCUCGGCGUCAACAAGCCAACCAUGUCGUUCAAGGACUACAUCCAGGAAAGAAGUGACCCUGUGGAGCAGGGCAAACCAGUUAUACCUGCGGCAGUGCUGGCCGGCUUCACAGGAAGUGGACCUAUUCAGCUGUGGCAGUUUCUGUUGGAAUUACUCUCGGACAAGUCUUGCCAGUCGUUCAUUAGCUGGACGGGGGAUGGAUGGGAGUUUAAGCUUGCCGACCCCGACGAGGUGGCCCGCCGGUGGGGAAAGAGGAAAAACAAGCCAAAGAUGAACUACGAAAAGCUGAGCCGCGGCCUGCGCUACUAUUACGACAAGAACAUCAUCCACAAGACAUCGGGGAAGCGCUACGUGUACCGCUUUGUGUGCGACCUGCAGAACUUGCUUGGCUUCACGCCUGAAGAGCUCCACGCCAUCCUGGGCGUCCAGCCCGACACGGAGGACUGAGGCCCGGCGGGACUGCCUGAGCCGGCCCCGGCCCCGGCCCCAUGUGACUGUGAUGGGAAGCCCAUCCUGACCGCCGCUCCAGGGACCUUGAGCAGAAGGGAUUUCAUAUGUCCAGGGACAUCACCGAGAAGCAGUGGUCUCAUUGCCUCCGAAACCGCGCUUCUCCGACUCAGCAUUGCGAAGGCAGCACAGCUCCUUGCUUCCAAGGUCUGCUGGCAGGAAAAUGCUAUUUAUGAUGCUACCAAAUUAAGGCAGUCGUGAAGGAAGCCCUGGGAAGCCAUGCGGGCUCAAAGCAGGCCUUGUGUGUGACCCCGGAUCGUGCAGCUAUUUUAUGAUUUGCAAAGGGAAGGCGUGUGUACGUGCACGUGUACACGGAUUUGUUUGCUUUUGCCUUUGGCAACCAGAAAUAGGAAAUGCAAAAGCAUUCUCUUUGUUUGAGAGGGGGAGGAGGGUGGGAAGGAAAGAAUCACGCCAUUUCAGAAGUUAGUGUGUAGAUAUUAUUGUAAUCUUAAUAAUUGUUAUCAGAAUCCUGUACCAGUCCUAUUUAACAGAAAUUAUAUAUUGUAAUUUAAAAUAAUUAUGUAACUGUAUUUGAAAGAAGAAUGCAGACAUCUGAUGUUUAUUCCAUUUUUUUCAAUAGCACAGACAGCAUUUUACAAAGGGUUGCUUCUGCCAGGGGCUGAUUAAAAUUGUAAAAUGUGCACUAUUGACAUUUAAUAUACCUAUA